UCAGUCCAUAGGGGGCGGCCAUCUUGAAAACUUUCAAAACAAACAAUCUUCCAUUCACAGUUGUUCUUGUGAGCAGUGUCUAGGUAACCUAGGAAGAUCGUCUACGUGAAGAAGAGCAUCGCCCAAGACGCUCUACUCAUCUAACUACACCAAGAUGCGCGCUGUAUCUACAUACUGCUAGAACUAAGGCACCAGAGAAGCAAGGAAAAACUCAUCGUAUAAAGCGAAAGUGAGCCUUGUGCUAUCAGCCAAGUAUUUUUGGGAACUGGUGUGGAAAGUAAGCAGAGAUGACAGCGUGUAGGCGUGUGUGUGUGGUGGUGGGCAUGGCGGUGGGCAUCAUACUGGGCUUAGCCACACUGCUCAUUAUGGUGGCAGUGAUCAGGGCAGCCACACUAGAGGAUAUUGACUACCAGGAGCUGGGUGUGGACACUGGAGUCACAGAAGAGCUGCCCACUUGGUACCUAGACACACUGCCCCAGCUGAUGGCCCGGGCUCUCUCCAUCCCCACCGUAUCUACUGACGUUGGGCAGUACGACACAGAACAGUUACUGCGCUUCCACCAGUUUCUCAGAGAAAGUUUCCCGGAGGUGUUUAACACUACGUUCAUCAGAGUGGAAGUGAUCAACACUUACAGCCUCCUCUUCACCAUCAUGGGUAAGUCCCAGGAGCUGCAGCCCUACAUGUUGAUGGGUCACAUGGAUGUGGUGCCGGUGGAGGCAGACAAGUGGAUGCAGGACCCCUGGGGCGGCCACAUCCUCCCAGAUCCUCUCACGGGACACUCGUACAUCUGGGGCAGAGGAGCCAUUGAUAACAAACUGAGUGUUAUGGGGAUCAUUAUGGCGCUACAGUACCUGGCCAAGACAGACUUCCAGCCCACACGCUCCUUCUAUGUCGCCUUUGGUCACGACGAGGAGGUGCAUGGAGCAGAUGGUGCGGGUCACAUAGCUAAGGUACUAGAAGCUCGCGGGGUGAAGCUCGACUUUCUACUGGACGAGGGACUCCCAGUACUCGACAAGGUCCUCACCGGCAUGGAUGUUCCCAUCGCCAUGAUCGGCGUGACAGAGAAGGGUUACCUGACUCUUAACAUGGAGGUGGAGGGUGAGGGAGGACACUCGUCCAUUCCGCCCCGCAACUCUGUAAUCGCCCGCCUCGCCGCCGCCGUCAGCAAGCUGGAGACCUACCAGCAACCUGCCAUGUUCGGCCAGGGACCUGAGGCCGACUUCUUCGCCUACAUUGCACCCAAGGCGUCGUGGCCACACAAGCUGGUCUAUGCCAACUUGUGGCUCUUCAAGCCCCUGGUACAGGCGGUGAUGGCCGGCAGGCGCGACACCAACGCUCUAGUCCGCACCACCACCGCAGUCACCAUAGUCCGUGCUGGAACCAAGGAAAAUGUGGUGCCCACAUCAGCCAGUGCUGUGGUGAACCAUCGCAUCCACUCAUCACACAACCUUGAAGACGUCCUUGACUACGACCGUUAUAUUAUCGACGAUCCCACCGUCAAGCUGAAUGUGAAGGACGGGAUGCGUCCUCUCCCUGUGUCACCGUACGGCGCUGAGGUGGACGGAUGGCGACUCAUCACUGCUGCCAUACAUCACCACUUCCCGUCAACCGUCACAGCACCAGCUGUCAUGGUGGCCAACACUGACUCUGUGUACUACUUAAACCUCACUUCCUGCGUCUACCGCUUCUUCCCCAUCAACUUGAAAAGUAAUGACUUAUCACGAAUCCACGGCGCCAACGAGCGCAUCUCCGUCAGCCAGUUCUUACAAGCGACCCGCUUCUACCACAGGGUGAUGGUGUGGGCAGGUGGGGCAGUAUCACGCCCCCACCAUCAAUAAUAUUAGCUCAGUUAAAAGGGUCCCACUGCCUCUGCCUUAGAAACCAGGCUGGAAAUAUUG